AUGGUGUUUGAUACUCUCAAUGCUCCCCAGCCGUAUCAAGAGCAUUAUCCACCCCGGUGGAACGUACACCACUCGUCCUCCCCGCUUCCAAAUGGACACUCUAUCAUUCCAAAUGGACACUCUAUCAUUCCAAAUGGUAAAACUGCCGUAGCAGUGACCAAUGGAGCAGAUAACCAACAUCAGCAUAAAGGCAAGGAGGAAGAAAUCAUCUCCGCACCUGUGCACUAUAUCUCGACCCUCCCAGGCAAAGACAUUCGCGGUAAACUCAUCUCGGCCUUCAACGAGUGGUUCCAAAUCCCAGAUGAGCAGUUGGAGAUCAUCAAGCGAGCGGUUGGGCUACUUCACGUGGCUUCAUUGCUAAUCGACGAUAUCGAAGACUACUCCAAACUCCGCCGGGGCUUCCCUGUCGCACACAGCAUCUUCGGCAUUCCGCAGACAAUCAACUCUGCUAACUACGCCUACUUCCAAGCACAGAACGAGGUGCUGAAAUUGCGCAGAUGCGAGAAAGCCUUACGUAUCUUUACAGAGGAGCUUCUGCGGCUGCACAGAGGCCAGGGAAUGGAUCUCUACUGGAGGGAUUCCCUCACCUGCCCCAGUGAAGAGGAGUACCUGGACAUGGUGGCAAACAAGACGGGCGGGCUUUUUCGGCUCGCCAUUAAGCUUAUUCAGUUGGAAAGUGACGUUGAUGAGUUCAUCCGAGACGACUACCAGAAUCUGCAGAGCGACCAGUAUGCCAAAAACAAGGGAUUUGGCGAGGACAUCACAGAGGGCAAGUUCUCGUACCCGAUUGUCCAUAGUAUUCGAAGUAGCAGUCGUACUGGUGUCGGGAGCGACAGCAGUCUGCAACUGCUGAGCAUUUUGCGCCAGAAGACGGAGGACGAAGCCGUCAAGAAAUAUACUAUUCAGAUCCUUGAGAAGACAGGCAGUUUUGAGUUUACGAGGCAGAAGUUGAGGGAUUUGACAGCGAGGGCUAGGGAUAUGCUUACUGAACUGAGGGAGAGGGCGGGGGCUGGAGCGGGGGCUGCGGGGUUGCUUGGCAUAUUGGAUUUCCUGGAGCUGAAGGAGUGA